CUUUGAACGUCACAUUUGAAAGCUGUUGGUAUUUUCCGAGUUGGAGGAUCAAUCUUUGAAAACAUCAGUUUUUUCUAUAGGCUCCUUCAACCAUGUCGUCCAGAUUAGGAGGUAGGUCUUCUCCCAUCUCCCCCGUUUUGUUCCUGACGGUGGACGGUGAACCCAUGCGCUUCUUCCUGCGUCCCGGCCCCAUCAAGGUUCAGCUGCAGCCCAUCAUCAAGGCGGGCGGAGGCCUGGUGUGCAGGGCCCAGGAGCCUGGGGCUUUCCUACUGGUGGACCCAGAGGAGAUGGGGUCUGUUGCGGGUUCGGCAGCCCACUGGUACGUGUCCACCCAGUACAUCCGGGACUGCAUGGAGAAGAACCAGCAGCUGGAGGUGGAUGAUUACCGCUUCAAGCCUGACAACGUACAGGUGAACGUCCAGACCAGGUCAGCGAAACAGAGGGUAGGUAGAAGUGGGCGCUUGGGCUACACUCCGGAGGAGGACGAGGCCAUCGUGAGCUACAUCUGUGAGCGCAAGCGUGAGGCGCAGGGGAACAGGGUGUGGCAGGAGAUGGAGAAGAAGGGUCUGACCUGUCACACCUGGCAGUCGAUGAAGGACCGCUACCGGAAACAGCUCAGUCACAGACAACCUGAGCCUCAGGACUGCAGGGGAGGGAAAAAACCUGCCGCUGCUUCGGAGGAGAAAGGAGGGAACUCGUCUGAGAAAGAGAGAGAGAAAGACAUCCCACCACAACCCUCCUCACUUCAGAAAGACGCUCCACAGUCGGAUAUUAUUAUGCCGUUGGCCCAAGAGUCAGACGCCCCGGAGACUUCCACUGAGUCCGAACUCCCUCAGGCAUCAUCAGACGCUGGUCUCCAACUCCCACAGAUGUCCCCUCAGAAAGACCAGGCUCAGUGCUCUCCUGAAGGAACGGGAACAGAGGAACCAACUGUUGACCCCUCACCCCAGCCCCAGCUAGAGCCAUCUACGUCAGGCCUUUCCCAGUCUGACACGACCACACCCCAGAAGCUCCCUUCUAAGAGACCCCACCAGCCCUCUCCUCCUGGGGGCAAACACCCACAUCCCCAGCCUGAGGAGGCAGCAGCCUCACUUAAAAGAGCCAGGUCAAAUAGUGGAGCAGUGGCGGAGGUCCUGGAGAAAAGGGAUUCAGCAGUUACAUCAGGAGAGAAGGCAACAACCUCCAACACGACAGAGGGGCAGCUGGGAAAGAAAAAGGCCAACAAGCGAAAACUGGGUAUCCUCGAGAGUGCAGUGAGAGAAUUCGAGGGGUCAGAUGAGUCAGGUGAUGACGAUGAGACUCCAGACCUGACUGAGAUUGCUUCCCCUCCCUCUGCUCCUCCUCCUCCUCCUCCUGGACCAGGACCAGGACCAGAACCAGGACCAGGCCGGGAGACCCAGACAGAGAACAGCUCUGCUCAGAUACAGCUCCAGCCUGCUGCCCAAGAGAAGAGCUCAGAGACCCAGCCUGAGGGCCAACUAGCUGAGGCCAGUGGUCCCGCAAUGAGUGGGUCGUCCACAAAUGCCCCCACGGUCCUAAAUGCCCCUGCAACGAGUAUCCCUGUCCCGAAAGACCCUGCUAUCCCCUCCACCUCUACAGUUCCUCACCUGUUCCUGUUUGAGCAUGACUCCCAACUGGCGGAGGAAGAGGAGCCUUCUCAGCCCUUCACCCAGCUCCAGCUCCAGCAGGCCAAGCAGCUGGUCCUCAGCCUGAUGAGGGACUCUAAACUGGGGCUGGUCGCUGUCACCAAGGCACUCCUGAAAAACAGUGGAGAUGUCUCCGCCGCUCUGCGAGACCUACUGAUGAUGCCUAAUACAGGGAGCGGUGUUCGGCAGGGCCCUCGAUGGGAACGUCAUGACGACGGCCUGCUGAUGUCAGCUGACCCUUCAGAACUCCACAAAAAGUUUGGGGAAGAGGGCGUGGCCAAGAGGAUGGCUUUCCUCGAUGGAGAGUGACACUGGGGUUCAAUUUGGUUCAACGGUAUGCAACGUUGUGUGGCGGUUUGUACUGAACAACACGUUUCCCCCCAAAAUGAUCGCACCGUUCUUCAACAGUUUUUGAGGUAUGACCAUUUUUAAAUCGCAAAAUUCGUGCGGCAAGCACACCAUACACAAUCGCACCUCUGGGCCAACUUAAUCACAAUGUUCUUUCCAGUGUUGUAUUAACCAAACAGAAGAAAACAGGGAGGGACUAACUUAGCCCUUGAUCAUGACUCUCGGUUGCAUUAUAUUACACAUACGAGUCAUUGGACGAAGGCGCUUCGCUUGCAGUAGGGUUUUGGAAGCAUAAGGACCUUAUUUUUAAUAUCAGCAAUAAUUCAUUUUCAAAAAACAAAAGGGUAACUUGAUACACACCUUUUAUAGGGUUGUGGUUCCCACACGGACAAACGUGUUGUCACUGAAAAAUAAUUUUGGCUGCAACUGUGUUAAAACCGGUUAAAACAGUGUACAGUGUU